AUGCUGCCUAUUGUUAAUUCAACUCCCACAGUGUUCUUGCUGACUGGAGUUCCAGGGUUAGAAGCUUUCCACAUCUGGUUUUCCAUCCUUUUUUGCUGCUUCUGUGUGGUGGCCCUCUUGGGGAACAGCACCAUCCUCUACAUGGUGGUGAUGGACCCCAGUCUCCAUGAGCCCAUGUACUAUCUCCUUUCCCUGCUGUCCACCACUAACAUGGGCAUCACUCUUUCUUUUCUUCCUACAACACUGGGAGUCCUCUGGUUCAACACCAGAAUCAUCAGCCUCGAUGGAUGUAUUGUACAGAUGUUCUUUCUACACGGAUUCACACUCAUGGAAUCCUCUGUGCUUUUGGCCAUGGAUUUUGACCUCUUUUUUGCCAUCUGCAAUCCCUUGAGUUAUGCUGUGAUUUUAACUAACUCUAGAAUCAUCAAAGCCGGGGUGGUGAUAUUUGUAUGCAUGCUGGUCAACCUGAUGCCCUGGCUCCUGCUCCUUAAGCGUCUGUCUUUCUGUGGUCGUAGUGUGCUUUCCCACUCCUAUUGCUACCACCCUGGUGUAAUUAAGUGUUCUUGCUCAAGUAUCAAGGUCAACAGCAUCUGUGGCUUAGUUGCUUUCAUUCUGACAUCAGGAAUAGAUAUCCCCUGCAUUUUCCUCUCCUAUGUGCUAAUCUUCAAAACAAUCCUCAGCACUGCCUCCCCAGAAGAGAGGCAAAAGGCCUUUGGCACCUGUGUCUCUCACACUGGUGCUGUUGCAAUCUUCUACAUCCCCUGGAUCAUCCUGGCUUUGGUACAUCACUUUGGCCAUAAUGCUCCUCCCUAUGUCCACACACUGAUGUCAAAUCUCCAUUUCCUAUUUCCCCCCAUACUGAACCCCAUCAUAUAA